CAAGUAGUGGCGGGAAAUAUGACGUGUAUUGCGUGUAUCAAACCCGCUUCCAUCUUCUCCUUUGCAAUCUUACACAUUCCGACCCGCAAUUUCCAAAAUCACCCGCCGUUUCUUUCAAACGGAAAAGAAACGUUUCUUAACUUACACCUCCGGCCAUUCAAUUAACCGGUUUUAAUUUUCUCAGCGUAAUUUUUUAGGGUUAGGUUUUCACACACUUUUGUAAUUCUUGGCCCGACCAACGGUCAGAAUGGGAAGCAAGGUUACCGACGAGCUUCUAACAACCGUUCGCUCAGUCGUUGGCUUAGAAUUCUCCGACAUGGACAUAAUCAGAGCGCUACACAUGUCCAAAAAUGACCCUACAGCGGCUAUCAACAUAAUAUUCGACACUCCUAAUUUCAAUUCAAGGCUAAAACCCCAUUUACAAAAUUCAAACCCUAAACCUAAACCUAGACACAAUACUACCACCACGGACGAACCGAAAUUAGUAAAUGAAGAGAUUGAGAAUCGGAAUUUAAUCGAUAAUUCGGAAAAUAGUAGCAAUGAGGGAGUGAGGGUUUCUGGUGAUUCUGCUGUUGGUGUGAGUGAUGAAUGGUGGUAUGUGGGGAGUAGUGACGUGGCAGGGCUGUCGACGACUAAAGGAAAGAAAUUGAAAGCUGGUGAUGAUGUUAUUUUUACAUUUCCAUUGAAUAGUAAUAGGAAGAAUAGUUUAAGUUCGCCUUCACAGGGAAAGGGUUUUGGAAAAGGGAGACAAACGGGCGCUGCUUGUUCAGAGAUUGUUAGGUUUUCCACUAGACAUAGUGGAGAGGUUGGUCGAAUACCCAAUGAAUGGGCUCGGUGUCUUUUGCCGCUUGUCAGAGACAAGAAGGUUAAAGUUGACGGCUGUUGUAAGUCUGCUCCUGAUGUACUUGGGAUAAUGGACACUAUUAUAUUGUCAAUAAGAGUAUACAUCAAUAGUGCCAUGUUCGACAUGCACCAGCAAACCUCACUUAAGAUAGUCAGCAAUUCCACUGAGGAAACAGUUGUUCAUCCUCUACCAAAUUUGUUCCGGUUGCUUGGAUUAACCCCUUUUAAGAAGGCGGAAUUUACACCUGCUGAUUUGUAUACAAGGAAGCGGCCUUUCAGUACAAAGGAUGGUUCUGGUAUUUCUGCAUCACUGCUACAUGUCAACAAGUCAAAGAGUCAAUUAAAAAGUGAAGAUGAAGCUGAAAAUGAGGUCAUUUCAGAUGCUGAUCUUGACAAUAUUGUUGGUGUUGGAGGCGGCUCUGAGUUAGAGGAAAUGGAUGCUCCAAGUACACUUCAGUGUGAACUUCGGCCCUAUCAAAAGCAGGCUCUGUACUGGAUGAUUCAGCUGGAGAAGGGAAAAUAUACAGAUGAGGGAGCUACAACACUUCAUCCAUGUUGGGAGGCUUAUCAUCUAGCAGACCAGAGGCAACUUGUUGUCUAUUUGAAUACAUUUUCAGGUGAUGCUUCGGUAGAAUUUCCAAGCACACUUCAAAUGGCCAGGGGAGGAAUUCUAGCAGAUGCUAUGGGACUUGGGAAGACUAUUAUGACCAUCUCUCUUCUACUUGCUCAUUCAGAAAGGGGCGGGACAUCUAGUAGUCAACUCAUCUGUCAGCCAUCUAGUGAAAAUGGUGAAGUCGACAAUGUUUCAGAUCAAUUGCCAAAUCAUCUGAAAAAGGUUACAAAAUUUUCAGGCUUUGAUAAGUUGAUGAAGCAGAAGAAGAUUCUUGUAAAUGGCAGCAAUUUGAUCAUAUGCCCUAUGACUCUUCUGGGCCAAUGGAAGGCAGAGAUAGAAACUCACUCAGAAGCUGGUUCUUUGUCUGUAUAUGUUCAUUAUGGACAAGGUAGAGCAAAGGAUGUGGAACUUUUGGCCAAGUAUGAUGUUGUAAUAACUACAUAUGGAAUACUAGCUUCAGAGUUUUCGGCAGAGAAUGCUGAUGAGAAUGGGGGACUUUACUCAGUUCACUGGUUCAGGGUCGUUCUUGAUGAGGCUCAUACCAUAAAAUCUUCAAAAAGUCAAAUUUCUAUUGCUGCUGCUGCUCUAGUUGCCGAUCGUCGGUGGUGUCUCACUGGAACUCCUAUUCAGAAUAACCUGGAGGAUAUCUACAGCCUUCUUCGGUUUCUGAAAGUGGAACCUUGGGAAAGUUGGGCAUGGUGGAACAAACUUGUUCAAAAACCAUUUGAAGAGGGUGAUGAUAGGGGGCUGAAGUUGGUCCAGUCUAUUUUGAAGCCAAUUAUGUUAAGGAGAACAAAGACUAGCACAGAUCGAGAAGGCAGGCCAAUUCUAGUUCUCCCUCCUGCAGAUAUUCAGGUGGUAUACUGUGAAUUGUCAGAAGCUGAAAGAGAUUUUUAUGAGGCUUUAUUUAAAAGAUCUAAGGUGAAGUUUGAUCAGUUUGUAGAGCAAGGGCGAGUACUUCACAAUUAUGCUUCUAUCUUGGAGUUACUUUUACGUCUUCGUCAAUGCUGUGAUCAUCCUUUUCUUGUGAUGAGUCGAGGUGAUACACAAGAUUAUUCUGACCUGAACAAGCUCGCAAAGCGCUUCCUUAAAGGUGGUCAGCAUGUCAUAGAAGGAGAGGCUAGAGAUGUGCCAUCACGAGCAUACAUUCAAGAGGUUGUGGAAGAGCUGCGCAGUGGGCAACAGGGAGAGUGUCCAAUAUGUCUUGAAGCAUUUGAAGAUGCAGUAUUGACACCUUGUGCUCAUCGCAUAUGCCGGGAGUGUCUCUUGGCUAGCUGGCGAAUUCCUACUUCUGGUUUAUGUCCUGUUUGUAGGAAAACCAUCACUAGGCAGGAACUUAUCACAGCACCGACUGACAGUCGGUUCAAGAUUGAUAUUGAGAAAAAUUGGGUGGAAUCCUCCAAAGUAGCUGUUCUCUUGCAAGAACUUGAAAAAAUUCGCUCUUCAGGCUCUAAGAGCAUUCUUUUCAGCCAAUGGACUGCCUUUCUAGAUCUAUUGCAAAUUCCUCUUACAAGGAAUAGUAUAUCAUUUGUUCGUCUGGAUGGGAGUCUAAGCCAGCAGCAACGUGAAAGAGUUUUAAAACAGUUUUCAGAAGAUGACAGCAUCCUGGUUCUGUUGAUGUCAUUGAAGGCUGGUGGUGUUGGGAUAAAUUUAACAGCAGCUUCCAAUGCCUUUGUUAUGGAUCCUUGGUGGAAUCCUGCUGUGGAGGAACAAGCUGUCAUGCGGAUCCAUCGUAUUGGACAGACAAAACAAGUUAUGAUCAAGCGCUUUAUUAUGAAGGGAACUGUUGAAGAAAGAAUGGAGGCAGUGCAAGCACGGAAACAGCGGAUGAUUGCCGGUGCUUUAACCGAUCAAGAAGUUCGAUCUGCACGUAUCGAAGAGCUGAAGAUGCUUUUUACAUAAAAACAAUUGUGCUGAAUGGAGGUCUCAUGCUAAUUAAGAAUGCCCAUUCUCCCAACCUAUUGAGAAAACAACCAAUUAAGGCGCUUUUCACUUGGCACCAAUUUUUUGAAGCAGAAGGUUUUCCAAGUUCCAUUUCUCGACGAGGCAAGCUUGCUGGUGGCUCAAGAAUUUGGCUAUCUAAAUACCUCAAGGUUCGAGUAUUUAAUAACCUUGGCUGGGUUAACUAUAAUCAAAGUGAGCUUCUUUACUGCUAAAGAUGAUGAUGGUUCAUGUGUCUGCAGCCAAUUUUGUCUGGUUAUUUGCAAAUCAACUAGGCAAUGUCCCAAUUUCUCAAAAUAGAGCCAUUUGUUUAUAUUUAGGAAACCUUGUACCUUAGUUUAUCAAAAUUGUACACAGCAACUUUCUUUUCAGAUUUGCUAUGUAAGGAUGUGCAAAGUAUUAUUUUUCUCUCUAGAGGAAUUAGUUAUUCAUUUGAGAAACAUAUGUAAUAUGCAUGAAAUAUAGUUUUGAAAUUUCUUUACA